AUGGCAAACCAAACGCUUCCUCCAGAAAUUUGGCUGGAAAUAUUCGAAUGGGCGACUUUUAACUCGUUUCUUACAGGUUAUACGCCAUUUCAGAAUAUUCCGGGCGACAGUCGCGACCCUUCACUUCAUGUCAAGAGUACUCUCUCCCUAGUCUGUCGUAGCUGGAGGGAAUGUUCGACCCAUCUGUUUUACAAGGAGAUCAGGAUCAGGCACGGCGCCCAUGCUCUAAAGCAAGCUUUAGGGAGAACAAUUCAGGAUGAUAGACUCUAUGGAAGCUUGGUCCGCCGUGUGGUUCUUCCCUACCCGAGCACGGCACCUCGUCACUUACAGUCGUUGACGUCAAUUGACAUUCUCAAACUCUGUCCGCACAUAGAAAUUCUCAUCAGACCUCAAUUCCUCCUUCUCGAUGGCCUUCGCUAUGACUUUGAUGUAGAAGGAGUCCAUAUGCCUUCACUUCGCCGCCUUGAGUGGUGGCACCACAACGAGGCAGAACGAACGGGUGGGAUCAACUCGCUUGGGGCCGUUCUUCGGAAUGCCCCCAAUCUUCGUUUCCUAUUCAUCGGGGGUGUCGUCGGCUCAAGUCACACGUGCAUAGAACCGGAGCCAGUUGCUCUUCCAAUGCUGGAAACUCUCCGCCUUUGUGUUAUAAGUGGUCUGUUGACGCGUCAAAUACUGUCUCGGUGGGCUUUGCCCUCCUUGAUCAAUCUUAUUAUGGAUUCGCCGCUUGUUGAACAGGCCUUGCACAGCAUGCUGGAGACGUACGGCCCUCAACUUCAAACGGUGGAGUUCGGGAAACAUGUCCGUUUUCUGAUGAUCGAUUUCCUGUCGCCGUGUUUGAAAAGAUGUCCUGCUCUCAAAGAAUUGAAUUAUUAUGUCUUUUUCACGGAGCCCGCUGAAACAACCCUUGUUCACCCCACACUUGAAACGGUUCGGCUACACGCUGCUGUGAACUCCAUCGUGUCCGACGGACCUUCUCUCUGGGCUUUGCUUGAACGUCACUUCUCUUUCUUGGGGAACAGGGGGGCACUACCAGCACUCCAGCGGGUCGUGCUCUGUGGUGACUGGAGGCCUGUUGUAAUCAAUCAGCGUUUUUAUGCCUCGUGGAAGCACGUCACUGGCGCAGGACGUGUAGUUGAGAUUUCAUCGAAAACGGGACACCCAGUGGUUUUGGAAUUGGGUAAGAGGUCAUGCUCGCUGAAGGGAAUCUCUGUUCACCUCUAG